AUGUCUCACAUUGAACCUAGUGGGUCCUCUACGGAGACAGGCGGCCCUGGCCAAGGGGCCUCGCCAUCCGCUCCGGCCCCGGAGAAGCCGACGGCACAGCGUAAGACUGUUAAGCGCGAACGCGUCGCUUUAGCUUGUCAAAGGUGUAAAACCAGAAAGCAGAAGUGUGAUGGACAGCGACCGGCUUGUGCUUCUUGCGCUCGGUUGUCCUUAAAAUGCGUUUACAUUGUACCUCUUGUCCCAGCGGCGGGCGAAAAGAAAGUUUAUAUCAAAGCUCUCGAGAACCGAAUUACCGAGUUAGAAGCAUAUCUUACUUCAAUCGGCCAUCGUAACGUCAACAAUGAUAACCUAGGACGUUUAGGGCUAUCGACAUCGUCAUUUCAAAAUGUAGCGGUUCUACCAAACGGUCAGCUUAACCAAACAGCGAUACCGGUCGCUGAACAAACCCCUCGAGAUGACGGGGACGACUCGAAUGACAUUCUGCUUGCUGUGAGGGACCUAUCACUUUCGGCAUCAGGCCACUAUGUUGGGGCGUCUUCAAACAUUAGUAUAGGUCGGGUGCUCAGUUCGUUUGUCCAUAGCCAGAAAUCAUCGGUGUCGGGUACCCACGAAGAACUAGCAAUCCAAGGCGAAAACGACCCUGCACCGAAAUCGAUAUACUCGACAGUCGCGGGCGAUGUAAUUGGAGUUCCCUUCUUAACCGACCAAGUUGCAGCACGACUACUUCAUGGUUACUUCCGACAUAUAGCCACGAGAUACCCCGUAUUGCAUUCGACCCAAGUAGUAAGCCUUCACAAUAAUAGGGAUAACCUAACAGACGAAUAUGAGCAAACCAUCCUUCAUCUUAUAUAUGCGGUUAGUGGGAGAUGGCUAGAGUCGGCCGGCGAAAUGGGACAUUUUUUUAGCGACCACCAUUAUGAACUUGCUUUUGAUGAGUUGGAAUCGAUGCUUCGUCUUCGCGACUCUCGGACGGUCAAUUACUUAUUACUCAUGGCAUUAUAUUGCACAAGAGCGCCUCGGGAUCCUGGGGCUUGGACAUAUGUAGGAGCUGCUAUUCGAUUAUGUAUAGAAAUGGGGUUGCAUCGACGGCAACGAAGACAGCAACCCAGCGUUGAAGGCGAAAUGGAUAAGCGACGAUUUUGGACAGCCUAUUUUCUCGAUCGAGAUAUUUCCAUCGCCGUUGGACGACCGCCUAGCAUUUCGGACCGAGAUAUUGACGUAGAACUGCCCCUGGAUAUUAAUGAAGAUACCCUUGACGACGAGGUUGUUCAACAGGCCGCAACACUUAAACAGAUCGAGUCCGAAAUUCAACAUGACGUUUACCGAGUUGAUCGACCAAACGACGUUUCCGACGCUACUAUAAGUGCUUUCUUAGAUAGGUUAAAUGCGUGGAAAGAAGUGGUCCCUUAUGACACGGCGCACUACGUGCAUCGACAAGAGGAUGCGUACGAAGGCGUCGAAUUAUACACGAUUCAUUAUUACCGCUGCGUUCGCUUUCUGUUAUAUCCCCAGCUUGCCAAAAUCCCGGUGAAUAUGCACUACUUACAGAUGUGCGCCGAUUCUUGUAUAGGAAUUAUUACCGAUUAUCGACGGUUGCAUCACACCUUUCCGAUAGGAUUCUCGGCCUUGUCUAUACAAUCCGUCUUCUUAGCAGGCUUAACCCUGAUCUACUGCGCAUGGCUGGCCCCUCCUACCUUUAUAUCCGUCGACGGCCCGCUAACCGACUGCCAAAUCCUCCUAUACAUCGUCACGGAGCGCUACCCGUCGGCGAGGAAAUACCGCGACGUCUUCGAGCGCAUCAAAUCGGCCAUCAUGGACAUCAUCGCCCAAGGCAAGCACGAGCCGCGAAACCCCGUCCACCUAGAUCCGAACGUCCAGAAGGGAUUUGCGAAUUUCGAGGGCCAGUGGUCCCCGGGAAUAGGCGCGGACUUCUCUUAUAUGGUCAACACCAUGACCGGCAACACGGCGGCGGCGGCGGAACCGUCGUUCAACUUUGGUAUGAAUCCGAGCGUCAACGCGUUGGUCGGACACGUAGAGCAGCCCGCGUCGAAUUUGGGCCAAUAUGGGACGGUCUGGUCCGGCAUGCCGCAGCCCAUGCCUCCCGAGCAUAAUAAUAUGAACUCGCUCGGCGGGCUUUACCAGUAA